AAUGGCAAUGCGUAUUCUGGCUGCUUUUUUGCCUGUGCAGUGCCCCUUAGUUAGUGGCAGGUACUCAUUGCAAGGUCUACAUAUCUCUUUUGGCUGCGGGGAGUCUAGCGUAUACUGUCUGGACAACUUCUAUGCCCCUGCGCGGGAUAAGCUGCCGCGCUUACUGGAGUAUAGCGAUCAUCGUGCCCCGUCACUGGUGGCACUAUGUGGAGGCGACGGAGACAUCGCUCAGUCUCAACUACUGGGUGCCUCUCAAGGACGACAUGGACCUGGCCCUGGACGAGUUUCUGGUCAACCACAUUGUCGAGAGCUUUGUCAAGGGCGAAAGUGAACAGACGAAGCAGUAUCUACUGAAUCCCAAUCAACUGGAGGACAUAUCCUCGACGCCCAGCGAACUGUAUGCCCAGUUCCAGCAGGCCGUACAGAAUGCCGAGAGCGAGGAGCACAAACGGAAGCUGUGGGAAACCGAUUACUUGACUCAAUCCAAAUUUAGGGAGCUCCUUGCUAGAGUGCGUCUCACCGUUCGGCACCUGGAGGUGAUGCCCAAGGAGGAAUACAAGCUCUUGCUGGAGUCCAACUCGAAGCGGCUGCAAACAGAGACGAGAACUGCUACUGAGAGUUGGCCGAUCAGCUCCACAUUGGAACUGCUCAUCAGCAGUAUGUGUGCCCCACGCACCAUUGCGGGCAUGAAACGAGAGUUCUUUCGGAGACUAUAUACGUGAUAUUUUUGUUGCAUAUAUGAGAUUAAAAUCCAAGAAGCCAUCAA